AAGUACUCCUAUAUAGGCCUUACAGCCAUGGCCACUUCUCCUUUGAGUUCCUUAUUGCUCCUUACUAUUGUGAUCUUGUUACUUGGACAAGGUGGUGUGCAUAAGAUUGAAGCUUCCCAUGAGGUAUACAAAGGCUACCAAAGUCUUGAAACAAUACCUCCCAAAUUCCAGCCAUAUCGAACGGGCUUCCACUUUCAACCUCCAAGGAACUGGAUUAACGGUUUUGCAGGACCAAUGGUUUACAAAGGAAUCUACCACUUGUUCUACCAAUACAACCCUAAAGGUUCGGUUUGGGGCAACAUUGUUUGGGCCCAUGCAACCUCCAAAGAUCUAGUCAACUGGGAACUCCAACCGGUUGCACUCUCCGCAGCCGAACCAAACAUGGACAUUAACGGCGCUUGGUCUGGUUCGGCCACAAUCCUUCCCGGUGGCAAACCGGUCAUUCUCUACACAGGAGUCAACUCAAAGAACCAACAAGUCCAAAACGUAGCCGUACCCAAAAACACAUCCGACCCAUACCUCAUCGAGUGGACCAAACCACCCCAAAACCCUAUCAUGUCACCCACAACCCAGAACCAAAUCAAUUCCAGCUCAUUCAGAGACCCAUCGACCGGAUGGUUAGGCCCCGAUAACAUAUGGAGGGUAGUCGUCGGAAGCAAAAUCGGGAGACGGGGUGUGGCGAUUUUGUACAAGAGCAAAGAUUUCGUGAACUGGGUAAAGGAUGAGAAGCCAUUGCAUUCGGCUCACGGGGAUGGAAUGUGGGAGUGCCCUGCCUUCUAUCCGGUUUCUGUAGGAAAUCGAAACAGCGUGGACACUUCGAAGAGCAGUCACGAUUUGAACGUAAAAUAUGUGCUGAAAAUGAGCUUGGACGAUAUUAAGCACGAUUACUACACGGUCGGGAGCUACAGCUACCAUACGGAUGUUUACACACCAAACAAAGGGUCGAUUGAGAAUGGGUUUUCAGGGUUGAGAUACGACUAUGGCAAGUUAUACGCAUCGAAAUCGUUCUACGAUGGUGAGAAGAACCGCAGGGUGUUGUGGGGGUGGGUGAACGAGUCUUCGAGUGUCGAUGAUGACGUCAAGAAGGGCUGGUCUGGAGUUAUGGCGGUUCCAAGAAGAAUAUGGUUGGACAAAUCUGGAAAACAACUCCAUAUAAAUCCAGUUCAAGAAAUAGCUAAGCUUCGUGUUAAUCCAGUGAACUUGCGCAAUCAUGUCCUCAAACCUUCAUCGUUACUAAAAGUCCACAAUAUCACAGCAGCCCAGGCAGAUGUGGAGAUCGCAUUUGAAGGAUUAGACUUGAGCAAAGCAGAAGUGUUAGACCCAAGCUGGAUAAGCAAACCACAGGUGCUCUGCAACCAAAACGACUCAUCAGUUGGAGGAAGUUUAGGCCCAUUUGGGUUGAGGGUUUUGGCUUCCAGAGGCAUGGAAGAGUACACCUCGGUGUUUUUCAGAGUCUUCAAGAAGUACACGAAAAGCAACCAACACAUGGUGCUAAUGUGCAGUGACCAAAGAACGAUUGCAAUGCAUAUCCCUUUCAGGUCUUCCCUUGAUAAGGAUGUUGACAAAUCGAAUUACGGCGCAUUCGUAGAUGUGAACCCAGCUCACGAAAAGCUGUCAUUGAGAACCUUGAUCGAUCAUUCUAUAGUAGAAAGCUUUGCAGCAAAGGGGAAGAGCUGCAUAACAUCAAGAGUUUAUCCCAAAUUGGCGAUAAACAAGGCUGCCCAUUUGUAUGCUUUCAACGAUGGACUUCAGAGUGUGAAGAUAUCAAGAUUGAAUGCUUGGAGCAUGAAGAGUGUUCAAAUCACUGGAAAGCAAUGACAGACGUAUGGAAGUUUAAGAACAGACUAUCCUUUCACAAACCAGUCCUUUUCAACUUGUUUUGUAAU